AUGGGGGACUUUAACGAAACUUUGGAUCUGUCAGAGCAUUCUCAUCUGGAUGGUCAGCCUGCGGUCACAGAUGGUAUGCGGGAUUUUCAGAGUGUUGUUAACUAUUGCUCUUUUGCUGAUUUAGCAGCUCAUGGACCUUUGUUUACCUGGAGUAACAAGAGGGUGAAUGAUCUCAUUUCAAAGAAACUGGAUAGAGUAAUGGUGAAUGAUAGUUGGUUGCUCUCUUUCCCGACAUCAUACAGUGUCUUUGAGGCAGGUGGCUGCUCAGACCAUAUGCGUUGUCGGAUUGAACUCACGGCAGGUGCAGGAACUCCAUGUUCUCGACAGAAACCUUUUAAAUUUGUUAAUGCUAUUACAAGCCUCCCUGAGUUUAAACCGUUUGUCAGUGAAGCUUGGCGUGCCACUGAGCCAUUGCAUAUGUCCACGUCAACGCUAUACAGGUUCUCUAAGAAGUUGAAGGCUUUGAAACUGGGACUGCGACAACUGGCUAAGAACAAAAUGGGUGACUUGAUCAAGAAAUCUAAGGAGGCUUAUGAAGAGUUAUGUAAAAGGCAGGAGCAGACUCUUUUGUUUCCUUCGCCACAAGCGAUGAAUGCAGAAACUGUGGCUUAUGAAAGGUGGGAGCGUGUGGUAAGUUUGAAGGAGAAAUACCUUAAACAGAGGUCGAAGUUGCACUGGUUGCAGGUUGGGGAUAAAACAACAAAACUUUUCACCGAGCAGUGCUCAAACGUGCGGCAAAUAAUUCUAUUCGGGAGAUUCUAA